GGUUUGUAACUUGACGCCUUGACGGUGCGGCGCAGUUUGCCAUGGUUUCACCCUCGGAAAGCCCAUUUAAAAAGGAAAGGGGGAUGAGUCCGAGGCUCCUGGUUCAGUAACCUCCUCUUCGAAGAGCCCUUUUUUCACCGGCUGUAGGUCAGCUCAUUCAGGAUUGGCAUAAAUGAAUGAAACGCAAGGGAAUAUCGUCAGACAAGCGCGCAGGGAAACUCUCUGUCAAACAAGACGGCCAGGAGGGAUCCAUGUCGGGCUUGACAGGCGAAUCAACAUGAUUUCCUCCCUCUGGAACUUCAUCUCGAGAUUGUCAAAUGCGUAAAACGGCUCCCCGGUGUUUUCUGUGCACCCCAACCUUCGCAAAAGGAAGUCACGCUGUGAUUAACGGAUCAGGUUUUUGACUGGCAGGACAAAUGAAUACAAAUGAAUUUAGGCACCCGAAAGAGAGACUGCAGAACCUCUCAUCUAGAUACAAAGAGAGCCCUAUUGCUCUGUACAGUUUUAUAUUGUACUUGUUACCUGGGAUUAACACAAGUACACUCCGAAGAUGUUGAUAUUCUCCAGAAGUUGGGACUCAAGGGAGAGAAGGCUUCACGCUCUGCACCAGCAGGGGUCAUUCCAUUCAGAUCGGGGAUUAUCCUCACCCAACGGGCACACAUUGAGUCACCGUUGGGCUCAAUCUUUCCUGGGGCCAUCUGGCCCAAGCUGGCACUGGUCCUGAGUGUGCGUUCACACCGUGUCAACAGUGCUUUCCUCUUCACUCUGCUUUCAGACAGCAAGAAGCUUCUUCUUGGUCUGCAGCUUGUGCCGGGCAGCCUCGUCCUACACACAGGACCAAACACCUCAGUGGCACUGCCCUACGAGCCCCAUGAUGGCCAGUGGCACCAGCUGGCCGUGGGGAUUAACGGGCAGAAAGUGACUCUAUAUGCCUCCUGCGGAGAGCAGAGUAUUCAGGCAAACUUUGGGUGGGGUAAUGAGGAGCUCCAAGGCUCUUUCCUGCUGGGGAGAACAAGCCAGCAGCAUGCCUCAUCAGCAUACUUUGAAGGUGCUAUUUGCCAGUUUGACCUGGUCCCUUCUGCACAGGCAGCUCACAACUACUGCAAGUACAUAAAGAAACAGUGCAGGGAAGCUGACACUUACAGGCCUAACCUUUCUCCUUUACUCCCUAUCCUGCCAAGAACAACAAACAGCUCAGCUACUUCUGCUACACCUAAGCAAGGUGGCCAAGAAACCUCCAGAAAGCCAACAAGGUUGAGCCUUGCGAAGAGUGUUGCCGCUGCUGCCUCAGCUGUCAGACGUGUGGCCCCUUCCAAAAUAUCAAAGCCAAAUCAGAGGACUACUCCCACUCCUCAACUGGUUUCUACAACACCAGUUACAUCUCAGUUUGGUGUGGUUGCCCCAUCUCCUAAGACCAGGACCGAAACUGUUACAGCACCACUCAGGACAACAGCGUCACCAACAGCGCGCACAAAACCACCUACUCCAAGUCCUAAAGCUUCGAGUCAGAAAACUUCUAAACCCACAACACCAAAACCCACUCCACAAAAAACCGUCAAACCUUCUAAAAAGACAACUGCAGAAACAGACAAAAAGAAACCUACUACUCCAGCCACUAUCACCAUGAAGCCCCCCAAGACCAAGCAUGAUUCUGUCUUACUUGACCAAGCAGCAGUUUCAAACAAACCACAAUUCACACCAGCCAAGAAAAUACCCCCCAACCCUAAAGUUCCUUCAUCCAAAGCCACUCCGCCCAAAUCCAAAUCAAACUCUGUCAAAGUUGCCACACCGAAACCAACAUCGUCCAAAGUUAGCCCAUCCAAGUCAACAGUUUCGAAAUCUACAAAUGCUAAAACCUCAAAGCCAGCCUCCAAAAAGACGAUCAAACCAACAAAGGAAACUAAAUCUACCAAAGCUUCAGUUACUCCACGACCAACCAAGCCUUCAGACAAAACAGUAACACCACCUGCCACUGAUGGCUUCUUGAGCUGGGAGGUUCCACCAACACAGUUCUCCAUGUUGGAAGGAUCUAAGGGACAAAAAGGAGACGUAGGCCCACCGGGACUACAGGGACCUCCAGGGAAACCAGGUCUUCCAGGCAAGAGGGGUCCUAGGGGCCCUCCUGGUCCCCAUGGGAAUCCUGGCCGACCUGGUCCACCUGGGCUCAAGGGGAAAAAGGGAGACCCCGGCAUGUCGCCUGGACCAGCACCUAAAGGAGAAAAAGGAGACUCGGGAAUCAUCGGCCCCGUUGGACUGCCUGGCCAAGCAGGUCGAGAGGGACAGAAAGGUCACCCUGGCCCACCCGGACUUCCUGGCGAGCCUGGAGAGCAAGGCCCAGUCGGAAGCCCCGGUGCCAAAGGUUAUCCUGGCAGGCAGGGUUUACCAGGGCCUAUAGGACCAGUGGGGCCUAAAGGUGUUCGGGGUUUCAUUGGAAUCCCAGGCCUUUUCGGGCUACCAGGGCCUGAUGGCGAAAGAGGUAUUCCUGGUGAACCAGGGAAGAGGGGCAAGAUGGGUAGGCCGGGGUUUCCAGGGGACUUUGGGGAGAGAGGACCACCUGGACCAGAUGGAGAGCCAGGUGACAUGGGAGCCCCAGGUCCAAACGGAGUUCCUGGACUCAUUGGCGAUAUGGGACCUGUGGGAGAAAUGGGCCUUUCCGGACCUGCUGGACUGAAGGGGGUUCCUGGAAAUCCUGGAGAAGCAGGACUGAAAGGUGAUAAGGGGGAUGUGGGGAUUCCUGGAGAGCAAGGAGAGAUUGGGUACAAAGGAGACAAGGGCAUCCAGGGAGCUCCAGGGAUACCAGGUAUUCGUGGGAAACCAGGACCACAGGGAAAGCCAGGAGAGAAAGGUCCUGAUGGUGCACCUGGACCACCAGGGCCUGAGGGUUUCCCUGGGGACAUGGGACCACCGGGAGAGAACGGCCUUGAAGGACCAAAGGGAAAACCAGGGGCCAGAGGUUUACCGGGGCCACGAGGGGUACCAGGCCUGGAGGGAGAUGAGGGUCCCCUUGGGCCACCAGGACCAUCGGGACUUGAGGGUAGAAUGGGAAGAAAAGGGUUUCCUGGGGUGGUUGGCGCAGAAGGAGUUAAGGGUGAACCCGGUAUCACAGGAAAAGUUGGACUCAUGGGAGAAAGAGGUUUGGUUGGUUUUAUCGGACCUGUGGGAGAGGCAGGACUGGCAGGAGAGAAGGGGGAUAGAGGAGAGAUGGGCCUUCCUGGACCACCUGGAGUAAAAGGAUCAGAGGGUCACCCAGGGACACCAGGGGAAACUGGGCCUGCUGGACCACCAGGAAGACCAGGCUCUGCUGGAUCAACUGGACCAGCUGGUACCAGAGGGCCCAAGGGCCUGCAGGGAGCAAGAGGCCCUGAUGGUCCAAUAGGAGAGGUGGGAUCAGAGGGCAAGAAGGGUCUUGAUGGUCCUCCAGGAAAGAUAGGAUUCCCAGGAUCACAGGGAAAGCUUGGAGAGCCAGGGGAAACUGGAUCUAAAGGUUUUUCUGGAAUUCAAGGACCUUCUGGACCUCCAGGGGACAAGGGAAUAGCUGGCGAGCCGGGACCACCUGGACCACCCGGGACUGUGGGACUGUUAGGAGAAAUUGGUCAAAAGGGUCCUCCAGGAAAAGUUGGUGAACCAGGGCUGCCAGGUGAACCAGGGCAGAAGGGGGCCAUUGGAUCUGCUGGGAACAUCGGAGAACAAGGACUGAUAGGACAGAGGGGAGAACCAGGCCCAGAGGGAGAAGCUGGUCCAGCUGGUCCUGAUGGAGCAAAGGGUGAAAAAGGAGACAUGGGUCAGGAGGGCGACCAAGGUGAAAAAGGUGAAACUGGACUAAAGGGAAAGGAAGGUCCAAAUGGUAGUCCUGGACUCAUUGGUUUUAGGGGCCCAGAGGGGAAGCUAGGUAAAAUUGGAGAACGAGGCAAACCGGGAUCAAAGGGAGCUAAAGGCCAUCUGGGUCACCCUGGAGAGACUGGAACGGCGGGAAAGAUUGGCCCACCAGGACUUGUUGGGCCAAAGGGGUCCAGAGGAACAAUUGGACAUGCGGGAGCUCCGGGUCAAAUGGGUCAGCAGGGGGAGACGGGUCUUCCAGGUUAUGAGGGCCAUCAGGGACAACAAGGGCCUAUAGGGUCACCUGGACCAAAAGGUGAAAAGGGUGAGCAGGGGGAUGAUGGAAAGAAAGAAGGUCCUCCUGGUCCUCAAGGUCUGAUGGGACCUCCUGGUGACAGAGGAGAGAGAGGUGAAUCAGGAGACCCAGGGUACAAAGGCCAAAUUGGUGUGGAUGGAGAACGAGGCAGACCUGGAGCUCCAGGACAACCGGGACACCCUGGACCCCGAGGGCAGCAGGGACUCAAAGGGACCAAAGGGGACCAAGGUCAGAAAGGUAAAAAAGGUCAGUCGGGACAAAAAGGAGCCAGAGGACCAGAGGGUGGAGGUGGUCCCCCUGGUCCCAGAGGUGUGGUGGGCCCAGAGGGACGGGAGGGGGUCCCUGGGUUGGAUGGAGUCCUGGGAAAAGAUGGCAGUAAAGGAAUGCCGGGAGAUCAUGGUGACGAUGGAGAGCCAGGCCUUCCUGGUAAACCUGGUGCACCUGGUAAAACUGGCGUUCCUGGACUCCCAGGAGACCAGGGGGGCUUUGGACCAAAGGGUGAGCAAGGCCUCAAAGGCCAAAGUGGAUCUCCGGGAAAAAGAGGUUUCAAAGGUGGAAUGGGACCACCAGGGCCACAAGGAGACCAAGGACCCAAAGGACAACCAGGUGAUACAGGGGUACCAGGUUUUCCAGGAAUCUUAGGAGCUUUUGGACCAAGG